CUAGUGCUCGCUGACUCUAUGAUCAUGAACCCAGAGGACAGAGAGGUGAAGAUUUUCCGUGCGCUGAUUCUGGGGGAGCUGGAGAGGGGCCAAAGCCAGUUCCAGGCGCUCUGCUUUGUCACGCGGCUUCACCGCAACGAGAUCAUUCCCAGCGAGUCCAUGGCGAAGCUGCGGCAGAAAAACCCCAAGACAGUGCGUCAGGCGGAAGAGGUGCGGGGGCUGGAACAUCUCAGCAUGGACGUCGCUGUCAACUUCAGCAAAGGGGCCCAGCUGAGCCCUCACAUUCACAACAUCUGCUCGGAGGCCAAAGAGGCUAUCUACACCCGAGAAGAAGAUGUGAAAUUUUGGCUGGAGAAAGGUGUGGAUGGCUCCAUGUUUGAGGUCCUGCCCCAGUCGGCCGACCUGCCCGACUUGCAGCGCUGCAAACUGUGCGCGGACCGCUGGAAACCCUGCAUCUGCAGCUACUCGCUGAGCAUCGAGUGGUACCCCUGCAUGCUCAAGUACUGCAAGAGCCGCGACGUCAGCGGCAAGGUCUCCUCCUACAAGUGCGGCAUCCGCAGCUGCCAGAAGGGCUACCGGUUUGACUAUUACGUGCCGGAGAAGCAGCUGUGCCUAUGGGACGAGGAGACCUAGCAGGUUCUGGCUGGAUCUCUUCAAGUGGCAGCACUUCUGCCUCCCGCUGUCCUUCCAUGAUGCUCGCGGGGGCGGGGGGGAGCUGGCUGCCCGGAGGGAGAAGGGGGCCAGGGAGGUAUCUCGUGCCAAGAGGCUCUUCCCUGCCCUUGCUCCUUGGUCCCCUAAUGCUGCCUCACACUGUGAAAACAGGCUCCGUGUCCAUGUCUGAGGAGCGCCCUGCCCAACGCCCCAGGGCAGCCUGGGACCAGAAGGAGGCCGAGGAGAGGACGGUUUGUGGGAACAAGGGGUGCCUUUUGACCGGGCAGCUUUCCCAGCUGCGGGGAGGAGACAGAGAGCCGGGGCACGGAGCCUCUUCAGAGAUGGAGCCGUUUUGUGUGUAGCCGUUCACCCAGCCAAAUGUGACCCGGGGGCUUUAUCUUUAAAAAAAUCCCCACUCCCCUGAGGGGGGGGGCAGCUCUGGCCCCUUCCCUGCCUCCUCGACCUACCAGACGGCGUGUGGGGUCCUUCCCACGCCAGGAGGCCCACAGAUCAAGAGCCCUGCUGUGGUUACAGUCUCACAUGGGACGUUGUCCCCUCUCCUCGGAGGAGCCAUAGGUAUCAGGAGUUGCCAUACCCCCCACCUCAGCGCGUGAAAGGUUCGACCGGCCGUCUCUGGUUUGGCUUGUUCUCCUGACCCUCGCUGGGGAUUAGACUCUUGCGUUCCUGUCAAACACGUCCCCCACCGCUCCAAGACAGCAACGGUGGCAGGGAGUGGGGAUCCCAGCUUGGGUUUGCCCCCUGGUGGUGCUGGUCUAGUGGAGAAAGAAGAGGAUGGAGAAACGCUUGGAGCCUGUUUCCGCCUGUCAGACCCUGGCACUGCCUUGGUUUGCCUCUGGGUGAGAGUUGGGACCUGCUUCUGUGUAAAGCAGCGGAAAGGCGCUCCCGGACUGCUGUGUCCUUCCUGUAUCCUGCUUUCCCUGGGGCUGGAGCACGAGGGGAAAAUACCAACAGGGCGACACCAUUCACACUUGAGAGCAGCUGCAGUUUGGAGCUGUAACGCCACCAUGUGCCUUUUUGCCUAAAAUCCAGGCAUUGCAGACCAAAAAAAAAAGCUAUUUGAGAUUUUUUUUUCUUUUUAAUUUUCUCAUAGAACUAUUUUUGUAUCCAUCUUGUAAGAGGAACGGUUGUUUUUGUUUUUUUUUAAGAAAAUAUUGCCACAUGAAGUAACCAAAAAAAUAGAAACGUGAAGAGAUUUUUAAAGCAAAUUAUUUAUCAUGUGUAAGAUAGAUACACGGGGUUUGGGAUGUAUCCCUAGCAUCCACAACUCACUCUCAGCCUGCGUUUGUCGUCCAGUUCCUUAGGGCACGUCUACACAGCAGAGCUAAAGUUGAAUUAAGCGACGCAACUUCAGCUACAAUUGUGAAGCUGACAAGUCGAAAUAGCUUAUUUCAAAUUUGGGCACAUCUACUCAGCACUUAUUUCAAAAUAGAGCGCUCUUCCUCUGACUUCCCUUGCUCCUCGUGAAAUGAGGGUUACAGGAGUCGGAGUAAGAAGACCUCCAGGUCGACAUUAUUCCGAAAUAACGAUUUGCUGUGUAGAUGCCAUUUUGUUAUUUUGAAAUAACGUCAGUUAUUCCGAAAUACCGCUGCUGUGUCGACGUACCCUUAGGAUUAAGGGCUGCUGCCUUAAGAUGGAAAAUUCACCCGCAACCUCAGGGGAGCAAGCAGGCCGGAGGACUCAGCAGGAGCAGUGGGAGGGCAGCUGGGCAGGGGAUGGGGCUGGCAGCAGGAGCCAACUCUGAGCCUGUGGGGGUGGAGGGAGGCGGCUGCAGCAUGAGACUGGCUAGUGAAGCCGAUACACAAUGUGCAGCUACUAGGGCACAUGAAAUUCGGGGCAAUUUGGAGCUCCGCGAUUCCUGGUGCCUUACCCCGCUGCAUCAUUUUGUGUAUUGGUUGGUCCGGCCCUGUUUCCACAAUUCCUGAAUCCAGGCCAGGAUCCGGGGAGACCUGGUGCGAUGGCGCUAGGCAGCUGUUGAGAUGCUAGGGAGGAACCCCAGGGCCCCCACACCUCAAUAAAGAAUCCUUUUUAGCAUUA